ACCUGACGAAACAUCGCCUGGUGCUUGGUGACACGACAUCCUCCAUUCGCCGGGUGGCACAUCACCCCCUCGACCCGUCGAACCGGCUACAAACGGUGGCGUCGAGAACUAUGGCCGUGAAGGACGAGGGCGAGUACGUCAUCUGCCAACAGCGCCGCUGAGAUCCGCCGCUUGUGCGCCUGCAACCUGAUGCUAAUCGUGGUGCUCAAUAGCAUCCAUCCCACCGAGUUCCUCGUCUCGCAGCGGGCUCGAAAACACUACCGCAUCCCCGUUCGCUCGCAGCAUUGGCAGCUCCGGUCGUUGGUCAGCGCCGAGAAGGACAACAUUGUCUACUUCCCCGGAGGCACCGGCAGUAACCAUGUGCAGCGCCUCAACACAACCACCCGCGAAUGCGAGACAAUCAAGCUCUUGACGUUUGCGCCACGAUGCCUGGUCGCCGAGAAGGGGUGGCUUUGCUGUGGGAGCGAGAACGGCGACUUCGUGGCGAUAGAACUAGAUGAGGGGAACGACCGCAGCGACCAAAGUCUAUCUGUCGAUGCAGACUCCGAUCGACUCGGACUUGGUCUGGAUUCAUCCCGCGACGACUCCAUCUUCACCUUCUUGUCUCGUGCCCGUCGAUCUAACAAGAGCUUGAUUGCUAAGAGCAUGAAGCUGGCCAAAGACCGAGUCAACUGCAUUAGCCUCUGGUUCCCACCUACGUCAUUGCCAGCCUGGGAUACGGCAUACAGCGAGCCCAUGGCAAUCCUUGCCAACAACGAUCGAACGGUGACUCUUGUCAGUCUGAAGGAUUUCGACGUGAAAGACAAGACGGAGCCCUUUGAUAUUGUUACCUAUCCUGACUUUGUGAAUCGCGCCAUACUCUCGCCCGAUGGUCGGCUCCUGGUUUCAGUCCUCGACGACCCCUACUUGUAUAUUCACCAGCGGGUCAAGGCGAUUCCAGAGUCACAGUCGACGCAAUCCGGGGAGGUCAACAAAUACCAAUGGGAGCAGAUACAGCGAAUACUGCUCAAAAGUCAGAAAAAGGACGACAGAUCUGACAGCCGAGGCAGCUUCGCCGCAUGCUUCUCCAGUUCAGGCGCUUACCUAGCUGUCGGCACACAACAUGGCACCAUCUCCAUCUUCAACGCAGCUCUCCUUGCUAACCCAGAUGCUGACCCCCUCAUUACCACAUUCCAAUCGUCACGGCCGCAGAGUGGACCCGGCGCAGUCCGAGAUAUGGCGUUUUGCCCAGGCCCCUUCGACAUUCUUGCGUGGACAGAGGACCGUGGCAAUGUUGGCAUCACUGACAUGAGGAGCAACUUCAUCGUCCGUCAGAUCAUCAACAUCGACGAUCCUGGAUUCGAGCACAUCAGCAUUCUUGACCGAAACACCAUCGAUCCACGACUUUUGGAAAGCCGCCGAGAUCGGAGGAGCAACUUGGGCAACACGGGCAACGCUGGGAACACAUCGUCUUCGACCUCUGGCAAUACCACAAACUCAUCCGAGAGCCGUCGGCGCGGAGCGGACGGUGUUGACAGCCUAAAUACACCACUUACACCCAACGAAACGCUUGUUCUCGAAGCCAUCCAGAGGGAUCGACGACGGCGAGACCGAGAAUCUCCUAGGGGACCUGCCGAGGAGCGGCCAUCGCCGUUGACCACUAAUACGAUCUGGUCUGAUAGAUCAGCUCGUCGGGGUAAUACCACGAAUGACGACACUCAGAGACCUAGCGAGCGGAGAAGCAGUAGCAUUGGUCGCGGUACUAUGGGAGAACUCCUCGGCAACUACCGCGCCCAAGAUCGCGCUCGCACUUCUCGACAGCUCUUACGAGAUGCAGCCGAGGCCAGUAGUGAAGCUGGUCAAAUCAGUCGACGGCCCGAACGCUGGAUGGAAAGUCUAGGCGAAACGGUUGCAAUGUUGCGGGAGCAACGACAGAGGCAGGAUUCGUCCUAUCUCACAGUACUCGAGAUUCUACAAGCCAGAGAGCGGUCGAACGAUCGGGAUCAAGACGAAUCUUCCAUUCUUGUACCGUUGGUCAACCAAGUUGUGAACCGGUGGGAAGAGAGUGCCCUCCGGGGAACUCUAGUCCCUGACCACGGCGUCUUUGAGGUACCGCCUUCACCGGAUAACACUGCGGGUCUGGCCUGGAGCGAAGACGGCCGUGUCCUCUUCGUCGGCGCUCAGAACGGCAUCUAUGAGCUCCAUAUCAACGUCCAGAGCAGGAAAUUGAGUCCCAGUAUUUCGAUGCGGUGAAUAUGAUGUCUAGUUGUAGGUUGAGACUCUCAUUGACGGGCGUUUAACGGCGUUUGAUGUUUCGACACAAAACUGAUGAGCUACGAAUGGCUUUUGGGACCUUUGCAUGGAAAUACGAGAUACCUCGA